CUCAACUUUCGGGAACUGGGGCUGUCAACGGUUUCCGUCGUUCGCUACAGAGUAUUUGUACAUGUACAGAAUAUACUGUACUCCGUACACUGUACAGGACCGUACUUAUGACUUCUAAACCCUCCAUGCGCAAAACUCUUCUUGGAAUGUGGACAUCCCCGGUCGAUCGGACCUGGGCGCUCUUCCGCGGCAGGCGAGCCCGACGCUAGUUUGUUAACAUUUGCAAUUCCUUUUCUCUCCUUCUUCACUUUCAAUUCUUCAUCUUCACCAUCUAUCUCAUCUAUCCCAUUGUCUCUUCUCUACGACAUGUCGAUGCCAGGUGCCAGUACGGCUAUUGAGCCGGAUGAUUACGAUGCCGACUCGACCUACGAGGGGUCGCUUGGCGAUGCUAGUUACACCACGUCCAUCACCUCGAGUGCCAUGAAAUACACGUACGAGAAUGGUCGCAGGUAUCAUUCAUAUCACGAGGGCGAAUAUGUUUUGCCAAACGAUGAACAAGAGCAGGAUCGUCUCGAUUUGAGCCAUCAUAUUUAUAAGAUGCUCUUCCGGGGUGCGCUGUAUCGCGCUCCUAUUGAUGAACCCCGGCGCGUGCUGGAUAUCGGGACGGGGACGGGUAUUUGGGCCAUUGAUUUUGCUGAUGAACAUCCUGAAUCAGAGGUUAUCGGAAACGACCUAAGCCCAAUCCAACCCUCCUGGAUUCCCCCGAACUGCCGCUUCGAAGUCGACGACUACGAACAACCCUGGUCCUACAGCAAAAACUUCGACUACAUCCACGGUCGCGAACUCGAAGGCUUUAUCCGCGACCACGACCACGUCUUCCAGCAGGCCCUUGAACACCUCGUGCCCAAUGGAUACUUUGAAAUCAAUUCCUUCGAGGUCAACACCUACUCCGAUGACGAGUCGCAUCUCAAGGCCAAGUGCCUUCUCGAGGCUGUUAACCUCAUGCACGACUCGUCAGAUAAGUUUGGAAAGCCUAUGAGAACGACGCAUACUUGGAAGGAGAAGAUGGAGAAGGCGGGAUUUGUCAAUGUUACCGAGGAGAUUUACAAGCUCCCCCAAAGCCCCUGGCCCAAAGACCCCAAACUCAAAGACCUCGGCCGCUACCACCAAGUCAACAUGUUCGAAGCCAUCGGCCCCUACUGCUACGCACUCUUCACGCGCAUCCUGGGCUGGAGUAAAGAGGAGAUUGAAGUCAUGAUCGCGGGCAUACGCAAGGAAUUAAGGGAUCCGUCAGUCCAUGUUUAUACAAAGGUGCAUGUUCUUUAUGGGCAGAAGCCGGAGUGAUAGUGUUGCGUUUUUGUUUGUAUUUGGAGUAUUGAGUAGUGCAUUCGUAAGCUUUUAAGCGCAUUAUUGUUUAAUAUGUGAUAUCCUGUCGUUACUGAUAAUUUGAUCCUGUGGAGGUAAUUCUGGCCGGUUGAGCAACGGCUAUUUUAUUAGGAUGACACUGGCU